GCAGACGUGGCCUACGGCCUGGAGGUCUUGCCGAAGUUGAUGAACUUGCAGACCGUGCAGCUCAUGAAAGGCGACCUCCACCUCUCCACGAAAGCCUUAGAGGGCUACAUGGGCUUUCACCACCUCUUGCUCUCCAUCCUUCGUCAGUACCCUUCUCUUCAGGCUCAGGUGGAGUCGAAGAUCGGGACUUUCCUGCGCUCUGAGGCGGGCCGAACGAAGCAAAGCUGCCCGAACCUGGGGGAGUUCCUUUGCCUGCUGGCCGUUUCCAAGAAGUACACCUGGGACGACGUUUCUGCUGCUGUGCUCAAAGAGACGUUGGAUCGGAACGCGAGCUGGGCUUUGGACAAGUACCCGUCUCUGGCUGGCUUUGGUACAAGCCCUGAGAACAGACUGGAGCGUACCUUCAAGGCCAGCAUCGUCUCGAUCCGACUUCUUUGCUUCAACGUCUGGUUCCUGCGCAACGUGGUCUUCAAACGCUACGGGGCGCAGGCAACUUCGGCGGAGAUUCUUGAGGCAGAGCAGCGGGGCGGCCCGAAGGUGAGCUGCACCGACAUGCGCUGGGCGGAGUACGAGGAGCAGAAGGGCAUUCCGCGGCCGGAGGAGAUCAACAUGCUACAGGAGCAGAUGAGGAGGACGCUGCACGGCAACGGCCUGAACAGCUGGUCCGAGUAUUUCGUGAACCUGAACCUCCAGCCACUCAAGGCGGAUGAGCUUUCACAGCUGCUAGUCAUGAGCCUCCACGAUUCGGUCCGGAAGGGCUACAUCCCUCUCUGGAAGAUGAGGGCGCUUCAGCAGAAGAAUCAGCAGGAGAAGGCUCCCAAGACCAACGACUACCUCGGCGCUGACAUGGACAAGUACGACAGCAUGCACACCACGAAAGGAGGCGGCGACAGAUGGUGA